CUGCAAAGUGCAAACUAAGCACAAAAAUGGAGCGGGAAAUACAAACAAAUUACUAUCUCCCUUCCCGCUCUCACUCUCUAAGCUAAUCGAUAUAAAUAAAUUAAAAAAUAAUUAUAUAUUAUUCAUACACAUUCUAGAGAGAGAAAGAAAAAGAAGAAGAAGAAGAAGAAGAUGAAUGAAUCGAAGAAAGAGGGAACAAUUUCAACAACCCCACUCUCAAUCGAAGAAAGAUACAGUCAAUGGAAGUCACUCGUUCCAGUCCUCUACGACUGGCUAGCGAAUCACAAUCUAGUAUGGCCAUCACAAUCAUGCCGUUGGGGUUCACUUCUUGAUCAUGCUACUUACAAGAAUCGUCAUCGUCUUUAUCUUUCUGAACAAACUGAUGGAACUGCUCCCAAUACGCUUGUUAUUGCUACUUGUGAAAUUGUUAAACCUAGGGUUGCUGCUGCUGAACAUAUUGCUAUGUUUAAUGAAGAGGCGCGUUCUCCAUUUGUUAAGAAGGUUAAAACUAUUCUUCAUCCCGGUGAGGUAAAUAGAAUCAGAGAACUCCCGUCAAAUACUAAUAUAGUUGCCACACAUACAGAUAGUCCAAAUGUUAUGAUUUGGAAUGUUGAAUCUCAACCUAACCGGAAUAAUGCUGCUCUGGAUGCUCCCACUUCCAUCCCAGACUUGGUAUUAACUGGACAUAAGGAUAAUGCUGAAUUUGCACUAGCUAUGUGUUCAACUGAGCCCUUUGUUCUUUCCGGAGGGAGAGACAAGCUUGUGGUGUUAUGGAGUAUUCAUGAUCAUAUUGCAACUUUAGCUACAGAAGAAGAACCCGAUGUUAAUGAGGGCUCUAAUGUUGGGGGAAAUAGCGAGAAAGCUGCACAAAGCCCGUCUGUUGGAGCAAGGGGCGUCUACCGGGGUCAUAAAGACACUGUUGAAGAUGUGCAGUUUUGCCCCUCAAGUGCACAGGAGUUCUGUAGUGUAGGUGAUGAUUCUUGUCUCAUACUCUGGGAUGCGCGUGUUGGAUCUUUUCCAGCUGUCAAGGUUGAGAAGGCACAUGAUGGAGAUGUACAUUGCGUUGAUUGGAAUACUCAUGACAUCAAUUUUAUUCUGACUGGCUCUGCUGAUAACACAGUUCGCAUGUUUGAUCGCCGGAAACUAAACAAUCGUGGAGGAAUUGGGUCUCCUGUUUAUAAAUUUGAAGGCCAUGAUGAACCAGUCCUCUGUGUACAGUGGAAUCCUGCUAAAUCAUCUGUAUUUGGAAGUGGUGCCGAAGAUGGAAUUAUAAACAUCUGGGACCAUGAAAAGGUUGGUAAAACAUCAGGUUCUGCUGAUACUACAGUACCAGAGACUUCCCCUGGUUUAUUCUUUCGUCAUGCAGGGCAUAGGGAUAAGGUUGUUGACUUUCAUUGGAAUGCAUCUGAUCCAUGGACAAUUGUUAGUGUAUCUGAUGAUUGUGCAAGCACUGGUGGAGGUGGCACCCUGCAGAUCUGGCGGAUGAUGGAUCUAAUUUAUCGACCAGAGGACGAGGUGAUGGCUGAGCUGGAUAAGUUCAAAUCUCAUAUCUUAGGAUGCGACACUGUCACUGACAGUGCCACUGACCCUGCCACUCCAUCACAUACGUGAACAAAUUAGUUACAUCUUUCUAGUAAAAACGAAUGUUUUAGUGUAGAACUAGAAUGUUUUUAAAUCUAUAUUACAAGGGACAAAAAGAAUGUAAAAAUUGACUUGCUUUACCCUUCAUUCCGAGGAAAACAAUAUUUGAAUCUUAUGAAUGUUCGUUCUUUUUUUAAUAUUAGUAUGGGAAGCAGAUGCUAAGAAA